AAAUGUGGAACUGUCCUACUUGUGUCUUAUAUCUAUUUGGAUUUCUUUGUGGAGCAGGGUUUUAGAAAGGUUGAUCCAAACCGCUGGGAGUUUGCUAAUGAGGGAUUUUUAAGAGAUCAAAAACACCUGCUUAGAAGUAUUAGUCGGCGAAAACCUGCUCAUGGACAGAAUUACCCACAACAACAACCUCAAGGACAGAGUUCAUCUGUUGGGGCGUGUGUGGAGGUCAGGAAAUUUGGUCUUGAAGAGGAGGUUGAGAGGUUGAAGAGAGACAAAAAUGUACUUAUGCAAGAACUUGUUAGGUUGAGGCAGCAGCAACAGUCCACUGACAAUCAGUUGCAAACAAUGGUGCAGUGCCUACAGGGUAUGGAGCAGCGACAACAACAGAUGAUGUCGUUCCGCAACAGCCCUGGAUUUCUGGCGCACUAAGUGCAGCAGCAAAAUGACAACAAUCGGCGCAUAAUUGAAGGGAACAAGAAACGAAGGCUUAAACAGAAAGUUGGUUUGGAUGAUCACUUUGUGAGCCCUGCCGACAGUCAGAUUGUAAAGUAUCAACCUAUGAAUGAUGCAGCAGCGGCAGUGCUUCGGCAAUUGAUGAAAAUGGAUUCUUCUCCUAGACUCGAGAACUUUGGCAGAAGUAGUCCUGAUAACUUUAUGAUUAGUGAUGUUUCUUCUCAAUCUAAUAAUACAUUAGACCAUGGGAGCUCACUCAACCAUUUUUCUAGGCAGCCUUUUGUGCCUGCAACUUCCUCAGUUACUGGUCAAGGUCCACUACCAACUAUAUUUGAGAUUCAGUCUUCCCGACUCGUCAAAUCUGCUGAAAUGGCAAGUGAUCAAUUUUCAGAUCAAAGAGGUUUCUCAACUGGUUCAAGUUGUGAUGAAGAUAGCCUGCACGUCAAGACCAUGGUGAUGCUGGAGUGGUCGCUGGAGUAG